AUGCUCCGAGGGAAUCAGAGAUAUCGAAAAUUAUUCGACGGGAAAAAAAAACAAGAGCAGAGAAACGUCGCGCAGACGAAUUUUUUUGAAAAGGCAGGCGGUGAGCCUGGCCCAUUCCACCACCAACCUCAGAUCGAAACCUCCACCCUCAUAGCUCAGGAACCCACGUUCAAUUCUCCCCCGUCUUCCUGCACCCAGUGA